AUGGGAAAUAAAAAUUCUUCAUCCAACUUCAAAAGAAAAUCAUCAAAUACUCUUCUAAAUGAACCUGAACCACGAAAUUCAAAUAAUGAAAAUGAAGGAACGGAACAGAAAUAUUAUUUACCAAAUGAUUCGAAUGAUAUUGACGGUUUACACUUGCAACACUUUCUUAAAAAGCACUUAUAUCAUAAUAAUUUUUCCGUUCCUAUUGAAGACAAUUUAAUUCAAGGAGGAUAUAAAGUAUUAGACGUUGGGUGCGGUCCUGGAACAUGGUUAUUGGAUCUAUCGGUGAAAUAUAAGGAUUCUUAUUUCUUUGGAUUAGACAUAAUGCCUGUAUAUCCAAGUGAGAUAAAACCAAAGAAUUUAGAAUUUAUUGAAUCAGAUAUAUUUAAAGGGUUGCCAUUUCCCGAUAAUGUAUUUGAUUUUGUACAUCAAGGCUCAAUGUUAUUUGCUGUAAAAGCGGACCAAUGGAAUUUUGUAAUUUCUGAACUCGUUAGAGUGACAAAGCCAGGUGGAUUUAUUGAACUCGUUGAAUUUACCGGAAGUCAAAACAAUGGUCCAAUCUUAACUAAGUUACAUGACACCUAUCAUGAUUCUUGUUCUCAACGAGGCGUAGAUUUGUCGUUAUCAUGUCAUCUCGAUAAAAUACUCGAAUCUCAAGUUAAUAUAACGAAAGUUCACAAAGAUACAAAAUCAUUUCUAAUGGGACCAAAUGGUGGUAAACUUGGCAUGGUAAUGCAAGACGUUUUUUUGAUUUAUCAUGCUUCUAAAGCAUCAAUUGAACAUUUAAGCUUAAAGCAAGGCAUUUCGAACGAAGAAGUUAAAAGUAUGCUAAAUGAUAUUGUGAAAGAACUCGAGGAAACCAAACCCGAACUAAAUAUUAGCAGAUUUUGGACUCAAAAAAAUCCAUGA